AUGGAUCGAAUUAGAGUAAAUCACGUGUUUAAAAUUCUCAUUAUUGUUACCAUUUGGUACUUUCUUUAUAAAAUUGAAUCUAUACAAGAUGCGUCUAUAGAAGGGAAUUUUUACACAUUCAAGAUAAAAUACGAUAAAAGAUACGCAUCAGCAAGAGAAGAGGCAGAAAGGAAGAAAGAUUUCGAAAAAAAUAUGAAACUGAUAACUGAACAUAAUGAAAAGUAUGACCGAGGCCUCGCUUGGUACCGCAUGGGCAUUAAUAAUGCCACUGAUCGAUCACCUGCUGAACUUAAAGAAAAUCUUGGACUUGCUCAAAAAAUGUCGAACCCAUUAGGGCAAACCACUCAAAUGUCUAAAGACGUUUUGACGCGUAAUAGUGAUAUUUUUAAAGACUUAGGCCCUGUUCCCGAUGAAUAUGACUGGAGAAAACAUAAUGCAGUAACUGAAAUGAAAUCACAAUUUAACUCCCCAUAUUGCUGGAUUUUUUCGGCUAUAGCUGCUGUCGAAGGUAGAUACUCGAUCGUCAACGGAGAACUUUUGAAUUUUAGCGAACAGCAAAUUGUGGAUUGUGAAAUAUCUAAUCCCUUUAACCAAAGUGGUUUUCCAGAAAAUGUUUAUGAACACUUUAAGAAUAAUAACAUAGCAACUACCGAAAACUACGGGCCACUUUCACAAGUCAAUAAAGAACAACAGUGCAAAUUGAACAAUGUGACUAGUAUGAACAUUAACAUGAACGGAUACUACCGGAUCGAAAGCGAUGAGGAAACUAUCAAACGCGCAGUUUACAAAUUAGGACCACUUUCUGCAUCGAUGUAUGUGUAUAAUCCUCAUUUUAAGUUUUACAAAAGUGGUGUCUUUAAAGAGGAUAACUGCAACCAGCCGGCUAAUCAUGCCGUUACUAUCAUCGGUUACGGAACUGACGAAAAUGGUCAUGAUUAUUGGUUAAUCAAGAAUUCUUGGUCCAAAGAUUGGGGUGAGAAUGGUUAUGGGAAAAUUGCAAGGAACAAUGAUAAUCACUGUAGAAUCGCUGAUGAUUGUAAGUCACCUAUAAUGACAAAAAUGGCUUAAAAUUAUAUUUAUAACAUGCACUAAACUAUACGAUACAUGC